AUGUAUCAGGAUAGUCCUACUUUGGUGCGAUUCUGGCCUAUGAGUUUGGGGGCCCCUUUGCAUGUGGCAGCAGAGCUAGGGAAAACGGAUGCGAUUCGUCAUUUGAUUAAUCUCGGAGCAGACACUAGCGUUAAGGACGCGCACGGCCGCACCGUUAUGGAGUGGGCACAGAAGUUGAAUCAGACGGAAGUUGUGAGGUUUUUGGAAGACUAA